CUCUGCGCACCGCACACUCCGCUGCGCCACGCACCAGUUUCCUGCGGCUCGUGACGAUGCGGACUUCUCUGCUCAUGUGCUGCUGCGUCCUCGCGCUGCUGUGGCUCCAGAGCGCGCGCUGCCUCCCGGUGCGAGGACACAGUCACUUCAAAGCGACACCGGUCUCUGAGAAGUUCCCCGACCUGAAGAAGAGAGGGAAAGUGUCUCACGCUCAGGACGUCAUGAAGGACGAGAGUUUGUCCAACAACACCAGGGACGCGUGGAACCGACCUCGCUGCGGCGUACCGGACUUCCCCAGCCAGAAGGGGGUGCACUACCGCGGACGACAGCGCCAGAGACGCUUUGUACUCUACGGAGGACGUUUGAACAAGAUGGACCUCACCUACAGGAUCGUCCGCUUCCCCUGGCAGAUGAGUGACGAGAAAGUGCGACGCGUCUUCCAGGAAGCGCUGAAAAUCUGGAGUGACGUGACCCCGCUGACCUUCACCGAGGUCCACAGCGGGAAGGCCGACAUCCGCGUCGACUUCACGAGGUACUGGCACGGAGACGACCUUCCCUUCGACGGCCCGGGCGGGAUCCUCGCUCACGCCUUCUUCCCCAGGACGCAUCGACAGGGAGACGUUCACUUCGACUACGACGAGUCGUGGACGCUGGGAAACCACAUGGGCACAGACCUCCUCCAGGUCGCCGCCCAUGAGUUUGGACACGUCCUGGGUCUGCAGCACUCCCGUGAACCAGGAGCCGUCAUGUCAGCGUACUACACCUUCUCCUACCCACUGAAGCUGAGCGAGGACGACAGACGAGGCAUCCAGUUCCUGUACGGAGGUCACCCACAAGUCCUGCCUUCUCCAUCUCCACCGCCUCCUCCUCCGCCUCCUCAUCCUCCUUACAACCCAGAGUCCAAUGAGAUCCCGACUAUUCCCGACGCCUGCCACACGGACUUUGACGCCGUGUCCAUGAUCCGUGGAGAGCUGUUCUUCUUUAAGUCGGGGUACGUGUGGAGGAUCAGGGACGGACACCUGGAGAGCGGGUACCCGGCGCUGGCGUCCCGACACUGGAGGGGGAUCCCCGACAACAUCGACGCCGCCUUUGAAGACAAGUCAGGAAACAUUUGGUUCUUUCAAGGUGAGAAUUACUGGGUGUUUGACGCUGAGAUGCAGAUCCAGGCCCCGGAGUCCAUGAGGAGUCUGGGUCUGCCGGUCUCUGGGAUCCAGGCUGCUCUGCGCUGGGGCCACGACUCCAACUACAACACCUACUUCUUCAAGUCCGGAAGCUACUGGAAGUUCAGUCCGCGUGAGAACCGCGUGGACUCAAUCUACCCGCGCAGCAUGCAGGACUGGAUCGGUAUCCCCGAGGACGUGGACGCUGCCUUCAGGGACAUCUACGGUUACGCUCACUUCAUCCGAGGACGUCAGUACUGGAAGUUCGACCCCGUGGCCAUGAACUCGUUGGAGGGUUACCCUCGUUACGUGGGCAUGGACUUCUUCAGCUGCAGAACCGCGUGAGACUCGGCUCGACGGACACUUUUUUCUUGUUUUCCUUUUUUUCUUUUUGACAAUGAAGAGUUUGUAAUGUCGGACGGAGACGAGACGUCACCGUCACUCAGAUCAACUUCACAUUCUUCUCAGGAAAAAGCACGUGACUCCUCCUCAGACCGGGCUCCUCCUGUGCAGCUAUACUCAUAUUUAUUAUGCACACGUUUGCCACCGUGAGGCUGAGAUCUGGGCCGUGUGUUACCACACUGAUGUGAACUGUUCACUCUUCUCUGAGCCUCGUGUUUCUGCGUCUGCAGUGGACGACGUGUUUCUGUUCCUCGUCACGCCCUCGCUGAGUGUCCAGUGUUUGAAAAGUGGCGUCAGACACGUGGACUCGUCCCCGAGCUGCUGUAGGUGGCGCUGUGGGAGACCAAACAAACUUUGAGAUUUGUGUUUUAUCCAAACAACUGUUUUCACACGUGCUAAAGCCUCAAAAACAUCUUCAUCCCCAUGAAAACACUCACUGUCAAGAUCAUGUCAGGUCAACAGGGGGCGAUAGAGAACAGCCUGGGACGUCACUCUGAUAUUUUAACCUUUAACUUUUUCCCCCGAGCAAAGAAUGAGAAAUGAAGAAAUUCAGUCUAAAAUAACCUCGCGUCCCAUCACGACGUCACUAAGUCGCUAAGUCUCACCUUGUCCUUCAGGAAGAGCUUCAGGGCGCCACCUACAGCUCACAGCAGACAAACGUCCUCUCGUCUCGUCUUUAACAUGGUGGUGUGUUCAGGUGACUCUGUGACGUUCAGGCAACUUUGUGACUCUGUGUAACGUUCAGGCGACUCUUCAACUCCGUGUGAUGUUCAGGCGACUCUGUGACUCCGUGUGACAUUCAGGCGACUCUGACUCUGU